CUGCUGACAUGCAAAUUUAUCAUGCAUUAGGGGAAAAAACACAUUUAUCCAUGUUUAUAAACGGCACCUAAUUUGUUUUUUUUAUGGCUAACGAAAGAUGUAUAUAUAAAAAAGACCCCCACCUAUUAAAAAAAGAUAAUCGUAAAGAACGGCGCUCACCGAUUGGGAGUUUCUACAGGUGGUUAGGAUCUACAUCCGCGUACUUGGGAAGAGUGCCAGGAGAGGCCUGACAUGGAAGCGCUGAAGAAAGGACUGAACAAAGCCAAGGAAGGAGUGGCGGUGGCGGCCACCAAGACCAAGCAGGGAGUGAGCGGCGCGGCUGAGAUGACCAAGGAUGGGCUGCUGUACGUCGGCACUAAGACAACAGAUGGCGUCACAACAGUUGCCGGUAAAACAGUGGAGGGGGUGAGUCAGGUGAGCGGAGCAGUGGUUUCCGGGGUGGCCACAGUAGCCCAGAAAACAGUGGCGGGGGCGGGCAACAUCGUGUCCGCCACGGGAUUGGUCAAGAAGGAUCCCGCCAAACCAAGUGACGAAAAUUCGGCUACCCUAGAUGCGGCCGGGUCACCGGUGGAUACCAGCACCAGCGAGGCCACAGAGGACGACACAGACUGAACAUGUUUUAAGAUGGAUUAUCGGAACAUUCCAUUUAUCUGCCAAGUCCCGUCGUGCCUCGUCUUGGUUUUCUAUGACGUCCGUGCGUGUGCUUGUGUUUGUGUGUAUCUAAAAUUGUUGUACCGAAAGAUGUUGGAUGUUUGUAUUGUGUGUGCGUGUGUGUCUUUCGCACAUCAGCAAAUGGACCUCAGGUGUCUUGUUGUUUUGUAACAUUGAUAAUGCAACGUUAGUAUCGCUGUGUGUGCGUGCGCGUCAGUAAAUAGCACAUGGAAGUAGACCACAAUUAAAACCACCUCGCGAUAUGAACAAUGACAUUUUUCUCUAUUUUUGCUAUAGGGUCCAUUUGUUUGUCCAUAUUGUAUUUUCAUCAUGAAAUCGAAACACAAGAGUAUGGAUGAUGUCAUAUUGGAAUUUAGAUGUUGAAUAAAAUGUGUUUAAGAACUGUAUAUGGCCCA